AUGGGGCAACAUGUAGGGCCCAAGAAAGAGAGCAUACGGGGUAGCAGAGAGACUAGAGGAACUGUUGAAGAUCGACGUGAUGUCCAGCACACACCUCAGAGCUUUUCCGAAUUGCGUCACCGUGGAAGUCGUCGUGAUUCCCCGAAAGGCCUUCACGUCUCCUCCGGGCACCGGGGCCUGCGGACGCUUCCGGGCUUUGGCCGCACUUUCGCGAGGAGCCCUGGGCUCCUUCCUAGCGGCUGCCCAAGAGCCCCUCCCCCAGCCCCCAUCCUCCCGGAUACAGGGCGCCUCCUCCUCGGCCUCCGCGCCCGACUCCCAGGGAGUCAAGCUUGGGUGAGCGGCAGGAGCGCACGGCGGGCGCGGGCGCGGGGCGCGCCGCACUCCGGAGCCGCCCGGACCGCCCUCCCCCACCCCCCUUCACCGGCCCAGGAGGGCGGGGGCCGGAGCGGCGCGGGGCGGGCAGAGCCGCCUGGCCCCUCCCCUCCGCCGCCCUCCCCAAAGUUGCCGACUCCCCUGGGGCCGGACGGUCUUAUGAUCCGGCGGAUCCUCCUGGGGAGGCCGGGCCGGGGAGCGGGUUCGGGCGCCGAGCGGCGGGGCCAGCAGGCGGGCGCGGCGAGCCGGGCCAGGGCGGGGAGCGGGGCAGAGAUCGAAGCGGCGGCGGCUGCGCCCCGGGCCCGCCGCACCUUCUCCUCCGGUCAGGGGAACCGCUGCAUGGGGCCGGGAGGGCGGCCCUGCUGCGCCGAGCGGCGGCGACGGCGGACCCCCCAAGCGGGCUGGGGCUGA